AUGGACCGUCUUUCCGACAAGCUGCCCUUCUCCAAGCGGCGCCUGAAGCAGCGGGUCAUUCUCUCAUACGUCUUUGACUAUGUCAUCCUUAUUGCGUGUAUUGGAGGUUUCUAUGUUCUCGAUUCCAUUGAGCCAUUCCACCAGCACUUCUCAUUGCGAAACAUCUCAAUCCAGUAUCCCUAUGCCGUCCACGAACACAUAAGCAUACAGGAGGCUCUCUGUAUCUCCGGCCUCGGGCCGUUAGUCAUUAUUGCCGUUUAUACACUUUUUAUCGACGGGCUUUUCUCCCAUCAUAAAACGCAACAUCCGGUGUCUGGCAAGAGGAAAUUCACUGGUCCAUAUCGGUGGAAAGAUCGGCUAUGGGAGCUCAAUUGUGGUAUUCUUGGGCUCCUGCUUUCACAAGGGUUGGCUUUUGUCAUUACUCAAGUGUUGAAAAAUGCCUGUGGGAAACCCAGACCUGACUUUAUUGAUCGGUGUCAGCCUCGCGCCGGAAGCCAUGACGCAAUACCCGGACUGUCGAACUCUACCAUCUGUACGGGUGACCAUGCGCUGAUCAAAGAUGGCUUUCGUUCGUGGCCUUCAGGACAUAGUAGCUCGUCGUUUGCUGGGUUGUUCUACCUGUCGCUCUGGCUUAGUGGAAAGCUACAUAUCAUGGAUAACCGAGGCGAAGCCUGGAAGACACUUCUGGUUAUGAUCCCGUGUCUUGCAGCGACACUUGUUGCGGUGACUCGUAUUAUGGAUGCAAGGCACCACCCUUUCGAUGUUAUCAGUGGAUCACUUCUAGGUAUCAUCUGCGCCUGCAUCUCCUACCAUCAGUAUUUCCCUUCCCUCAACGAGCCCUGGAAGAAGGGACGCGCAUAUCCCAUUCGGACGUGGGGCAGGGAGCCGGUGCCACCCGCUGAUCCCGUCCCUCUGACGGGUAACGAUGGAAGCACCGCCGCUUUGAGGAAUAUCGAGGAAGAGCGACUGAACCACGGUACCCAGUCGACGGCGACAGGUGGUGCUCCCGAUGGAUCCUUGUUCCUACCAGAAUCGAAUCCCUACGUUACGAAUAGGUACAACUAUCGGAGACACGACGAGGAUGGGACCUGGUCAUCUUCCAGUGAGGAUGUUGCUGGAGGCUAUGAAAUGCAACCUGGAUAUACGAGAACACAGAAUCCAGCAUUGGGUGAGCCGUCGUCGCGAUACGAUAUUGACACGGCAUACCGCUCCCAAACCCCACAGGUGGUACUUGGGGCCACCGCUGUCCACGCGCCUUCAGCGGCAGUGGCCGCUCCUCCGGACAGAGGACGGGAUCUGACAGACAUGCAGUAUCGGGAAGCAUAA